AGUCACAAACGUAGUGUGUCGUAACUUGUUAGAUCUGAUGCCUACUAAAGAUGUCCUACUCGUUGGCCUGGGCGCAGUUGGAACGAUCUAUGCUUAUAUCCUCCAAAGCAGCAAGCUUGCGCGAGUCACUGCUGUUGCCCGAAGCAAUUAUGAUGUUGUGAAUGCAAAGGGUAUGCACAUCAGAAGCAAAAAGUUUGGCAAUCACGAGAGCUGGAAACCCUACCGUCAAGCCGCUGAUAGGCCGUAUUCCUACGUGGUUCUGACAACCAAGGCGAUUCCAGAGGUGAUAAAGACACCUCAGGUCCUAGAACCACUUCUUUCUCGUCCAUAUAGUGAAAUACACCCCCAACCUACUUAUGUCUUGCUCCAAAACGGACUCGGGGUGGAGCGAGAUUUGUAUCACAGCGUCAAGGCCCUUGAUCAAGGUGAACCAAAGAUCAUCAGCACUGUUGUAUGGAUCGGAACGAAUUUGGUCGAGAAGAAUGUAGUCAGUCAUACCGAUUUCGAUCGUGUUACCAUCGGGAUGUAUAGACAUGGAGACCACCUGACAACUACCCAUUCUCCUGAAGAAUAUGCCACCUUGACAGACUUUGGAACCAUGCUCGAAACAGGAGGCUCAGAAGUGACGAUUGCGACAGAGAUCCAGCGCAAGAAAUUCGCCAAGACAUUUUGGAACGUCGCAUUUUCCUCCUUCUCGACACUUACCGGAUCCUCUCCUACAGCGAUGUUUCGACCUCCGCCUGAAGAGGGACAAUCGUAUAGUCCUUACAUCGCACCUCAGACAGCAACAAUUAUCGAGAGAAACGCCGUUCCUGUUCUACGUGCGAUCUUACAAGAGAUGGUCACCCUUGGGCGUGCAUUGGGCUACGCGGACAAUGAAGAUGGUCUACCUUCUUCCCUUGUCGAUAGUACCAUAUCACGUACCGCAACACUACACCGCGACCCUGCCCAUACUGCUCUCCCAAGCAUGCUCCUUGACGCCCAGAAUGGGCUGCCUAUCGAGGUUGAGGUGAUAGUCGGGGAGGUGGUCAGAAUGGCGAAGGAUGUGGGGGUAGACGUGCCACGUAUUGAAACCCUGUAUGCUUUGCUGGCUAUCAUCCAAAACCAGACUCUUGGUGGAUUUAGACAGCGCAAACUCUAGGCGCAGUGACCCUUCCAUGCUACGAUGUUUUGUGCUGCAAGCGGGUCAAUGAAGCACACAAAAUUGUAAUGCGCUGCACUAUCGGUGCCC